AUGCACGCGAUGUUUCGCGGUCCUGUCAAUGCCAUUGAACCGUUCGAUAGCUUUUGCCGCAGUGCCUACCAAGUGACGCGCUGGCCGAACGAGGCGGCCGCGGGAAAACUGCUGCCGGAACGAGUGCAGGAACCGGAGGCAUUCCGGAAUCCGGGCUCCGAGCCCGCGCCAGUUAGCACACUGACUCCCGAGCGGCAGGACCUGUUGAAUGCGCUCGCCCGCUUCGCGUACUUCGACCGGUGGUCGGAGGAGCAGCGGCGGGCCUGCUGUAAUCUCGCGCACAUCCGCCAGUUCCGCACCGGCCAGCAGGUGUUCGUCGAGGGCCAGGCUACGGUCAACUAUGCGCACUUCGUGCUGAGCGGUGAGUGUGGGCUGCUGCAGUGCUUGCGGUUACUGCGGCGCAACGACCGCCGUACCGGCACCGUACGCUACCGGCUGGCGAAGGGCCGACCGAUCGACGACGAAAUAACGCGCUUCCACCGGCGACGGGCGGCACAGGGCGACGGGCGCAGUAACGCCGCCGCGCCACCCGCCCCGGAUAGCGAUGACUUACGCUUCCCAGCGGUCCCCAGCGGCACCACCGAUGAGUUCCACUUCAUCGACAUUGCCUCGUACAGCUGCGGCUCGGUGUUCGGCAUCGGGGAGCAAAUGCUGGAUCGGGUGGUAUUCGCGCGCAGCCGCGUCCACUGUCUGCUGAUACCGCGCUACUGGCUGCUGGAGAAGCCGCAGAACCGCGGCAACAUCUGGAACCGGAUCCGCAUCUUCCUCGAGCAGCGGCAACCGUCGCGGGAGCGACUGUUCCGCCGGUUCGUGACCGGCCUCGUCUGGCACCGGUACCGCAGCCAGCUGGUGGACGACUUCGUCGCGAUGCACGAACCCCGCCACGUGCCCCGCCUGAUCGACGUACCGCUCGUCUGCCGCAUCGAGGAGUGCGACGUGGCCGUGUACGGUACGGCACGCAAACACCAACGACGUGUCACUAGCUAAGCGUCCGCGUCUCCAACGCAGCCAACGCAGCGGAUGGGGCGGUGGUCCAACAUGUCUAGUUUGUUUACCAUCCGACAACGACAAUGCCGUUGUGCCGUCUGUAUUAAAAUUGUACCUUAACACUAAGCUAUCGUUCGAAGUGACACACGAUGCCUGGGUUAGUGCCUGGUGGUUCCAGCCGAAGGCAGUGCCAAGCGGGGCUGGCUCAACGGGGCGGGAAGCCCAUACCGGGUUGCGGUGCUGAGGUGACGGAACCGGCGCUGGCUGGUUAAUCGGGAGUUAAC